AUGGCGCUUUUUUUCGUGAUUGCCCUGGCCUUCGUGUCAGUGGUAAACGCUGCAGCGCUUGUUGCCAACUAUCCCAUCAAUUCUCAGUUACCUCCAGUCGCGAGAGUGUCGAAGCCCUUUCACUUCGUGUUCGCCGGCGGCACUUUUUCCAACUCCGACUCUGACACCAAGUAUUCGCUCUCAGAUGCGCCAUCAUGGCUUUCUGUGGACAGCGGCAGCCGGACUCUAUCUGGAACACCUAAAGACGGUGACACUGGUUCUAAGACAUUCAAGCUUGUCGCAUCAAAAGGGUCAGAGUCCGACAGCAUGGAUGUUACACUUAUCGUAACGGCAGAUGAAGGUCCAACCGAAGGGAAAUCUCUCGUUCAACAACUACAAAACCUCGGCCCUGUCUCCUACCCAUCGACUAUUUUUAUCCACCCUGGUCGCCCGUUCUCAAUUGAAUUCGAUCCAGCUACCUUCCGAAAUACUCAUCCUUCUACGAUCUACUACGGAACAUCACCAAAUAAUGCUCCACUACCAUCAUGGAUGAGCUUCGAUCCUGCUGCCCUUAAAUUUGGAGGUAAUACUCCAGCCUUUCCAGGAUCCGGACCCCAGGCCUUCACAUUCCAGCUCAUUGCGUCUGAUGUGGCCGGCUAUAGCGCCGCCAACAUGACUUUCCAGCUUGUGAUCGGCCCACACAUCCUUGCGUUCAAUGAAACAGCUCAGACAUUCAAUCUCACCAGAGGCGAGAAAUUCAUUAGCCCAAACUUCGAAAGCUUACUAUCGAUGGAUGGAUCACCAAUCUCUAAAAAGGAUAUAUCAAAGAUUGAUGCUCAUCUACCUGAUUGGCUAUCGAUGAAUAAUGAUUCAAUCUCCUUGAGUGGUACACCUCCAAAGAACGCUGUGAAUCAAAAUAUCACUGUUAUGAUCACGGACACAUAUUCAGACCAGGCAGCGCUCAUGGUACGAUUGGACUUUUUGGAGCUCUUUUUGGAAACUGUUGAGGGCUGUGAAGCGACUAUUGGUGAAGACUUUGAGUUUGUUUUCGACCAGUCUACUGUAACCGAUAACUCGGUACAGCUAGAUGUUGAACUACCCAAGGAUCUAUCAUCAUGGCUCACUUACUUCUCUGACAAUAAAACACUAUUUGGCCACGUACCAUCAAACACCAAACCACAAAAGCUCAAUAUGACUUUGACAGCGCACCAGGGCGACACAGAGAACACGCAGGACUUCCAAUUGGACAUUCUUGAGCCGUCGGACACCAAUUCUAGCUCGGGAGAUCCGUUUUCUGACCAAUCGAGCGGUUCUCACAAGAAGGCUGGAGUGAUCGCCAUAUCAGUGGUCAUCCCAAUUGUAGUGAUCUUGAGUUUGAUCAUAUUAUUCUGCUGUUGGCGUCGGCGGAGAAAGUCUACGACAGUGGAAGAGGGUCAAUUUUCAACGAAGUCACCCCCGCCGCGACCUGCACGACCUGAAAUGUCUGACUGUCAACCCGGUGGUCAUGAUGCAGCCUCGCGAGAUGACAACUCAGACGACUGGAUGAGUCCAAUUUCGCCUUCGUCGGAUCUUCCCAAACUGGAACUUGGUCCUACAUGGAACGUCGCAUCGUUUGCAAAGCCCGCAGACUCUAUGGAAGCAAUUCCUACGCCAAAUCCACCACCACGUUCUCCCAAGCGAAGCGCCUUUGUUCCCCUCCGAGAUUCGAUUAUUGAAGAAGAAAAGCCAGCCCCACAGUCUCCUGCCAAGAAACAAAAUCAACGCCUCUCAUUCACAAACAGCCCUCCUGUGCGCCGUCGUCGAUCUACAAACCGCUCGCGACGUGAACCAUUGAAGGCUAUUCAACCUCGAGCUAUGAAACGCGAAUCUAUGCAGUCUUCUCGCUCAAAACGAUACUCCAAGCGAUCUAGUGGAAUCUCGUCUGUCGCCUCAGGGCUCCCGGUGCGGCUUAGCGGUGCUGGCCAUGGAGCAGGAGGAUUUGGUCCCCCCGGACACGGAAUCGUUCAUAUGUCGUGGCAAAACACGAAGGGUACUUUAAUGAGUGACGAUAGUAGCAUGAUGAACAUCGCACCACUGUUCCCUCGUCCCCCUGCCGCCGGUCGCAUGAGACAUAGCAUGGCUUCUAGCAUCCCCGAGAAGAGAGUCACUCUGAGAGCCAUAGAACCCGAUGAAUCGACCAUUUCCGAAGCAGACUCCCUGGAGGCGUUUGUUCACAGUCGAGCAAAGCACCGCAAUUCUGCCAACCCAUUGUUUUCUGCCCAAAUCAGUCGUCGUACCUCUUCAGGAUUGCGUGCUUUAGAUCGAGCGCGCAGCAUCCGAAGCCGUGCCGAUACCGUCUCCGUGUCCACAUUCACUGAUGAGUAUCGACGAUCAAUUCAGGGACGACCACAUUCUACCGCCUUAUCUGUUUCCGAGUAUGGUGAUGAAAACCGUAUCUCCCAAUACCAGACUUUGCAGCCCCCUCAGAGUUUAUUCCCCUUGGCUGAAGGAGGUGGCAAGAGUCAAAGUCAGCUGAGCUUAGCACAAGACUAUCGAGGAGUUAUCUCACCUCUCCCCCGAUUUUGGAGUGAGACUAGUUUGAGCAGUGCUCGGCGUCUAGACUCUGGCAACUACUCCAAGGCUGAAGCCCACCCGGCGGGUCCAUCACAAGUACCGCUCAGCUCUUCUAUUGCAUCUGAUCUUGAAGAGCAUCUCUCUCGGAAGGCGAGCCCUCCCAAACCCUUCAGCUCGAACAACCCAUUCUUAAAUGCGCAAUUGAGUCCACCGCCGAUCCGAGAUCUGAGCAAUCGUGGCCUACCUGUCGCUAGCAGUGGCGAAUUAGCAUUUGUUUAA